AUGGGAAACAAAAAGGCGACCCUCCUUCCCUACCGCAGGGGUUCUGGGUCUUCAGAAGCGGAUUUCUUUGAUAUCCCCGACGAGCCAUGUCUUGCGGUUGCGAAGCGGCAACUAAGACGCAUUCGGACCUGGAUUUUCUUCGCAGUCUUCAUCAUUCUGAUACUCUGGUUUCGCCGUGAAGCCCCUUCGUCUUCUCCUGUUUCGCAUAUCGACUAUACUAAAGUCGAUUGGUCGCGUUACGCCUACAGUCAGUAUGCGACGUCGAGCGCAUAUCUGUGUAACGCCGUGAUGGUGUUCGAAGCUCUGGAGCGAUUAGGUAGCCGAGCGGAUAGAGUUCUUUUCUAUCCCGAAGACUGGGAUCUGUUCGUUGCAGAUGACCAUGACAGGGACAGCCAGUUGCUAGAGCUCGCCAAGGAGAAGUACAAGGCGUUGCUGGUACCUAUUAGUGCGGAAAUGAUCAAGGCUGGAGGAGGCUCUGGCGAAUCUUGGGAUAAGAGUAUUGCGAAACUGCUCGCAUUCGGCGAAACAGAAUACGAUCGCGUCAUACACAUUGAUUCCGACGUUACCGUUCUCCAGAGUAUGGAUGAACUCUUUUUCCUCCCACCAGCCAAAGCCGCUAUGCCUCGGGCUUACUGGGCGCUCCCGGAUACAAAGCAACUAUCGUCCCUGCUGAUCGUGAUUGAACCCUCUUAUCGCGAAUUCAAAGCCCUCAUGGAGAGUGCUCAGCCAGCCCUCCACGGUCAAGUGGAAGUUGAUUCGAAUGAGACACAGAGAUAUGAUAUGGAGCUGUUGAAUAAUCGCUAUGCAGAUUCGGCCUUGGUGCUUCCGCAUCGGCAGUACGGCCUAGUUACCGGCGAGUUCCGCAAAAAAGAUCACCGAAAUUUCUUUGGAAAUGACUAUGAGACUUGGGAUCCUGACAAGGUCCUGGCAGAAGCCAAACUUGUGCACUUCUCUGACUGGCCUUUACCAAAACCCUGGGUGCUUUCAAACCAGAAGCUGCUUGCUGAGAUUCUACCCAAGUGUGACUAUAAACCGGGCACAGUGCAAGAAAGGGGGUGCCGUGAUCGGGAGGUAUGGAAGUCACUCUACCAAGACUUCCGUCAAAGACGAAAGGACAUUUGUAAACUACUUAGUUACCCUGCUCCCGAUUGGCCUCCAAUAGAGAGGCCUCACUAG